GCGGAAAGCCCUCCAGUACCAGGAGGGCACCAAGAGAGAGGACCGGUACCUGUGCGGCCCGCGGCUAGAGGCGAAGCUCACGGGCCGGGCCGAGAUCGCGGUCGAGCGCUGCAAGGCUGGCUGGCUCUCCAGACCAGAUGGCGUGGAGAGACUCAUGGCGUGGCUGGAGCGCAGAUGCUCUCGACAAGCCGUGCCAGACGUAGGCCAGGAGCUCGAGACGUUCUUGAUCAAGACGAAGCGCCGCAAGCUCGAGCCCAUGCAGCAGUGGACGGACCGCUUCGAGACAGGGUACCAGUACCUCAGACGCGCGCUGGCACGCGCGCUGGGACACACAGUCCCGGUCCAGGUCGCUCCAGCAUGGAAGAGGACAUGGCGACCAUACCGCUGGGUUGAGGUCGAACGUGGCUGGCCAUUCGAGGGUAGCGAAUGGACAUGGGAGUACACGGACGGCCUGCCAGACGAAGAGAAAGAAGACUCACACCUCUGGAGCGCUGCUGACCAGGAUGCGGACGCCGAGGAGGAGCUCGGGGACUUGCCAGAAGUAUUCCCGAGCCUGGUCCUGGGCUGGCUGAUGCUCGUACGGUCAGGGCUCGACUCGCGCGAGCGGGCGGCCAUCAUGACGGCAACUGGCGGCUCGCUGGAGGUCGACACCAUCCGGGAGAAGCUGAUCUCGAGCUGGGAGGACGAGGACCUGGCGGAGCGUGAUGGGCACUCACGGUUCCCGAAGGCGUACACGGCCCAGCUCGGAGAAGAUGAUCGCACAUGGCUUGACGGAGAUGAGGCACCAGAUGCAAGCAGCUUCGCAGCCGACAUGGAGAACAGCGAGUGGCAAGAGGAAGAACCAGGCCCAGAGGAGGCGGACGAUGACGACAUCGAGAGCUACUUGGCGGCUCAGCAGGAGGAGGCGGAGGCGCUCGCGGCGAUCCACACCGCCCAGCGUACCCUCCGCCAGGCUCGUGAAGCUCAGGCAGACAGCAGGCUGAGCAGAGGCUUCUACAGGGGAGACGCGAGCGCGAAGGUGGCAGAGUGCAGGAAGGAGCUGAAGUUCAACCUCGUGGCCUCGCUGGUCGCCGAGCAGGAGCCCCGGGAGUCGGAGUGCGAGGCGAUGUUUGCGGACCAGGCCAUUCUCGAGGGCAAGGGCAUCGUCGACUUAGGGUGCACGGACGCCAUGGGUGGUGAGCGCGCCCUGGACAUCGUGGCCCGCAAGAACUUGGAGAAGUAUGGCGACACCAGGCUGCUGGACGUGAACCGGAACUACAGGCCAGUCUACAGCUUCGGGAAUGGCGAGAAGGAGCGCGCCUACGGACAGGUGAAGUUCGGCAUCACGGGCGCGGGCGUGGAAGGCGACAUCGCCAUCAACGGUUUCUCGAAGGAUGUCCCGAUCCUGGUGUCCAAGAAGGUGCUGAAGAAGCUCGGGGCCGUCGUGGACUGUGAGACUGGGGUGGCCGUGUUCGUGAGGCUCGCACCGGACAUCCCCGUGCAGCUGGAGGAGUCACCUGACGGAGGCCACUACUACCUGAGUCUGGUCGACGACUUGCUGGAGCAGCGCGUCAAGGACCAGAGCCAGCUGCGGAACUUCAAGACCAUCUGCGAGAGCAUGCGUGAGUGGGACCGCCAGCCCGUGGCCGCCGUGUGCCGGGGGCCAGACAGCAGCUCGGAUGACCGGGCUGAGCAGUUGGAGCGCUACAUGCAUCCAUCUCAAUCCGAUCAUAGCAUUGUCACCGAUGCGUCCCCAGUUGCUUCGGCAGGAUCGCAUGCUCGUGCGGUGCGACCACUCCAGAUGCCAACGUCUCGCAGUGCAGUACAGGGCCUCUACAAAGCGGAGGGCGUGGACGAGCUGAAGCAGGUCCUCAAGGAGCACAUGUUUCCGAAGGACGAGACGCCAGUGCAGAUGGCCAUGAAGGGUCUCAGCUCGAUGAAGAAGUCCCAGCUCUUGGCGAAGGCAGAGGAGGUAGGCGCCCACGUGACACAGGGCAUGACGAAUCCAUCACUCAAGCUCUCGAUCCGCAAGGCCAUCCUCAUGAAGCAUACCCCGGAGCCGACCGACUACAUGGGCUUCGGGAAGCACGGGGCCAUGACCUACCAGCAGGUUCGGAGCCAGUACCCAUCCUACGCAGCCUGGUGCCAGAAAGAGGCGAACCAGGAGAGCAGCUGGGAGCUGGCCCGGUUUGCCUCAUGGCUCAACGAGCAGGAGAUCAUCGACAAGAAGGCCGGGGUGACCAGGGAUCCGAAGGAGGUCCCGAGAGAGCCGGACAAGGCUCGAGGGGGCGCGAGGUCAUCCCGCAGGAGAACGGUCGACGCGAUCAUGGAGGACGAGAUCGAGGAGCAGGAGAAGCUCGAGGCUGCGAUCAAGAUGCAGAAGGAGGAGAAGGAGUCCAACCGUUUGGUCCAGGAGCAGAUGCUGACGGCGCUGAACCAGCUCAACCAGAGGCUCGGCCAGCUGGAGGGCCAGGAGCUUGACCCCAGGAAGCAGCGCUGGCUCGCCAAGUGCAUCCAGGAAAAUGGCCACUCUGAGGACUACGAGGCGCUGAUGGCCCACGGCAAUACCAAGUUGAUGGGGGUCGCAUGCAGCCCGACGCCCAUCCUGAGCACUAAGGUGGCGGAGAAGCUCGGCGAGGACGCUGUAUGCCGCAUCAGUGCGUGGAACGGUUUCAAGCUGGGGACACCUGGUGGCAACCAGAGGGCCCGGGAGGCACGUGACGAGGCUGAACCAGACCACCUGUGGAUCAGUACGAGGUGCGGCCCCCUGUCUACCCUCACCCUCGGUUUCAACGGCUCCAACCCCAUCAGGGCCGAGGCCACCAGGAAGCGCAGGCUGCAGGCCAUCAAGGAGUACAAGGGCGCGGUGCAGCUGGUGUAUGACCAGGUGGCUCAAGGCAAGCAUGUACACUGGGAGUGGCCCAUCAAGUGCGAGGGCUGGGGCCACACAAUGAUCAGGAAGAUGGUGGAGGACUGCUCCAUGACGGUGGUGAAGGUGGCAGGCUACCAGCUCGGCGUGAAGGACGGGAAGGGCCUGCCGCUGUUGAAGGAGUGGCUUAUCGCUACGACGUCUCCAAAGAUGGCAGCCCGGAUGUCCCUGGAAUGCCCAGGAGAUCACCGACAUGGGGAGCUCACAGGAGGCAGUCUGACAGCGGCCACCAGCUAUUACCCGGACGAGUUUGCCAGACGAGCUGUGCGCGCGAUGACCGAGGAGGCUGCGCCCGACUACCACGAGUUCAUGAGGUGCGUGGCGGAGCCCGGGGAGGCGGCCGACCAGGCGAUGGCAGCCAACCAAGAGGAGACAAAGAUGAACUCAGACUUGAGCUCGAAGGAGUACCAGCAGAUCAUGAGGUGGCUCACCUCCAUCCACCGUGGCUCAGGCCACAGCUCGAAGGCCUCCCUGCUGAACGCACUUCGGAGGAAGGGCGCCAGCCCACAGGUGCUACAGGUGGCUGAGGACUUCCACUGUGACGCUUGCGAAGAGGCGCACAAGUUCAAGCCCACACAUCCGCCGGUCAGCUUAGAAGCCAUCCCGCCGAAGUGGAAGCACAUCCAGGCGGACCAAUUUGAAUGGGAGCACCCGCAGACGAAGGUUAAGUCCAAGAUCUCCUUGAUCAUAGACGAGAACUGCCGGGUGCGCGUCAGCAAGCUGUUGUACCACAUGGUUGGCGAGGACCGGCACAGGAAUCCCGUGUGGGCCGACCUCAAGCAGUUCUAUGAGGAGCGCUGGAUGCCCUACUUCGGCAAGCCACAGAGGGUGAAGGUGGACCCCGAGGGCUCCUGGAUGUCCAAGCAGGCGGCUGCGUACUUUGAUUCCGACUCCAUCGCGUACGAACCCAUACCUGGCCAGGCCCAUUGGCACAUCUCCCUCGCCGAGGAGGCCAUCCAGGCCACCAAGGGGACCAUGGACAAGUUGGUGACGGAGAACCCCGAGAUGACGACGGAGGAAGCCCUGGCCAGAGCGACCGCUGCUGGGAACUCACGAGAAGAUGUUCGAGGACACUCACCCCUCCAACAUGCCCUUGGGCGAGCACCAGACCUGGACGGACACUUCUUUGAGAGCGACUUCGACGAACUGCCCUACGUGGAGGCCCAGAGGGUCGACAAGGAGUUCGGAGAAAACUACACCAGGAUGUAUGCUGCCGAGCAGGAGUACCUGAGGCAAGUCUACAUGCGACGCAUCAGCAGGGCAGAGAACGCGAAGAAUCAGGCGGUGAAGUCCGUGGCGCCAGGCAUGUGGGUGCGCUACUUCCGGAAAGAGAAGGGUGAAGCCAAGGGCCGAUUCAAAGGGCUCGCGAGGGUCCUGGCCACAGAGACGGCGCGGCCAGUGGACGGGGACCUUGGCGAAGGAAGGGCCCUACACCCUGGGCGUGCAGGGUCUGUGGUGUGGCUCGUGCGAGCCGGGCGUACCAUCAAGGUGGACCUCUGCCAGAUCCGGGCGGCCUCCUCACGGGAGAUCGCCUACGCAGAGCUGAUGGGAGGCAAAGACACGCCCUGGACAGUCCACACUUUCAUGAACCAGACGAUGAAGCACGAAUACCUGGACUUCACGGGCCACGACCCCACCGAGGACGACAUGGAGGUCUCGACCUGGGAGGGACUACCUGAACCAGCCCCUCCACUGAAGAAGGCCCGCACAGGACAAGCCACAGAAGGAAGCCAGGCCUCGAGGGGCCGUUCGACACCACCAGUGCGGAAGAAGAUACUCAAGAAAGGAUACCAUCCAGGAGGAACAGCCGACCAAGUCCGAGCGUCUCGAGCAGCCCUGGCGGAGGAGCAGAUGAAGGAGAACAUGGCCCUCAUGGCGAAGUCCACUCCAGAUGCCCGGGCCUUUUGGGCUCGUCAGGGCACGUCGCUGGAGGUCUCCGUUGAAGUUCCCCUGGAGGGGAAGCCACUCAAGCAGGCCACGCGGCACAUGAGUACCUACAUGGCGAGCCAGCUGCGGAAGGGCAAACGCGAGAUCUCGGAACGGACGUUGACCCCGGACGAGGUGGCGAAGUUCGGCCAGGCAAAGGCCACGGAGGUGAACAACUACAUUGUGUCUUCGGUGCUGGAGACGCUCCCACCAGGCGUGACUCCCCCUCCCGAGGACAUCAUGCGCAUGAGGUGGAUCCUCGAGUGGAAGGUGGACGAGAACACGGGCACGAAGAAGCCGAAGGCGAGGAUUGUGGUCCUGGGUUAUAUGGACCCCGAGUACGAGCACCGUCCGACCACCGCCCCAACCAUGACGAGGACUUCGAGGCACCUGGUGCUGCAGACAAUGGCGUGGUUGGGCUUCAAAGGUUACAAAGCGGACGUGACGGGGGCUUUCACGCAAAACAGAGAGAUACAGCAUGACCUGUUCGUGAUGCCUGUGAAGGAGCUCGCGGCGGCGCUGGGGAUGCCCGAGGGCGUUGCAAUGCGGCUCAGGAAGGCGGUCUACGGGCUCGUGGAAGCAGCGAUCGAGUGGUUCAUGACCGUGAGCGAGGCACUGGAGGAGUUCGGCUGGACCCAGAUGAAGAUGGACCCUUGCGUGUGGGUGCUCUACGGUGACGGCCACGGCAGGGAUAACGGCUUCACCAAGGAGGCGCUGAAGGACUUCACGAACCCAGAGGUGCUCGGGGACCUGAUCGCGGCGAAGGGGGACAUGGACAUCAUAGCCAUUGCGGGAUCGCACGUGGACGACUUCCUGCUCGGUGGCAACGACACGGACCCCCGGUGGAUCACCGCCCGGGAACAGAUCGAGAAGCGCUUCAAGUGGAAAGCCUGGGAGUCGGAGGAGUUCAUGCAGACGGGGGUGCGGAUCAAGCAGCAGCCCGACAGGAGCUUCCGCAUGGACCAGAGUGAGUAUGUGAAAACCAUCGAGAAGGCGCACCUCACCCCGGAGCGCAAGAAGGCCAAGGACAUGCCGACCACCGACAAGGAGAAGGGCCAGCUGAGGGCUAUCUUAGGGGCCAUCGGGUGGAGAUCCGAGCAGUCAGGCCCCAUGCACUCGGCCGACACGAGCCUUCUGCUCAGCACCAUACCAUCGUCCACCGUGCAGACCAUCAACGAGACCAACCGCCUGGUCGAUCGUGUCCGUGAGUGUGCUGAUCUACCCGUGGUGAUACACAGCCACUCUCAGGCACAGGUGCUGGUGCCCGUGGAGUGGUCCGACUCCUCCGAGGCCAACCGUCCCGACGGAAAGUCCACGAAGGGCCUGGUGGCGGGGUUGGCACCUUUGAAGAUCCUCAGGGGAGACGAGGCGGACGUGAGCCUCAUAUCCUGGAAGUCCGGGAAGAUCGAUCGUGGUUGCCGCAGUUCCGUGGCAUGUGAGACACGCUCCGCCGUGGAUGCUGAGGACGAGCUGUUUGGCAUCAAGUUGCAGUGGCUAGAGAUCCUAGGCAACAACAUCGACUGGAGGAACCCCGAGGGGAUUCUACGCAGACUGCCAGGAGCAGUGGUUGUGGAUUCAAAAGGCCUGUACGACAAGCUGCAGACGACGGUCUACACCUUCCGGGGCAAGGAGAAGCGGACCGACGUGGAGGCCAUGACCCUGAAGGAGGGGACGCAGGCGGCGAACAACUGGAUGCUCUGGGUACAUGGAGAUGCCCAACUCGCCAACUCGCUGACGAAAGGACACGAGCCAGGCCAGCUGCGGAUGUAUUUCAACAACGGGCAUCGCUGGAAGCUAGUCUACGACGAGAAGUACCAGAGUGCACGGAGGAGGAAGGCCGCUGGAAUCCAGCCGUUCGAGCACGUGGGAGCGGGCAUCCUCAAAACGCCAGGCGGGACAAUGGCUCACAUCGGUGCAGCUGCGUGCCCAGACUUCCCAUCAUAUGAGGCCAUGACCGAGUACAGUUCAGACGAGGAGACGGACUCAAGGAUGCUCAGCUUGGAGGACCCUUAUCCGUGCAAUUCCGAGUUUGAGCAAGCCUGA